ACAGAAGGGGCUUCUCAGAUGCUGACGAUGUUGUAUUUCUUGGUCCUGAUGACACUGGUUACCCAGGUGAAGGCUGAGCCACACACCCAGGACAGGUUAGGCACUUUGUGAGCAAGUUAUCCUUCGGUGAAAUGUUCAUUAAAACAGAUCAUGAGUCAUGUAGCGUUAAAUAUUGCAGAGAAAUAUUUGUAAUAUAUUUAUUGCAGGAGGGAUGGGCUUCCAGGGGGUGUUGGCAAGGGCCAGCCAUGCUGAGCUGUCGUGGGCAUAAAGACCUGAAGGAGAGGAGGAAAGGGGCUAGGCUGAGGAACGGCACGGGCAGAGGCCUCAAAACAGGACUCCGCUUGGCUGUGUCUGAGGAGCCGUGAGACAGGGAGGUCACCGAGGGCCUCGUCUAAUUUCUCCUUUCAUCUGAGUGGAUGGAAACCUUGGAGGGUUUUGGAAAGAGCACGAAAUGAGCGGGCUGUAAGGUUACAUGGUCACUCUGGUUUGUAUUGAGAAGAACUGCAGCAGGCUCAGCAGGGGGCUCAGGUGGAAGCCGCUCUGUGUCUUGGAUUAACAAACACAGGUUUGCUGCCCAUGCUACAGCGGUCAGCCUGGUUGUGUGCCUCCAUAACUGGCCUCGCUGCUUUUUCAUGGUGCAGGGAAAUGCUGCUUCCGGAAGCCCAUUCAUAGUCUCCUUUGUAGCCUGGAAUUGACCCUGGAACAGUUCACAGGUCCUCUCCCUCAGCCCUUUUACUUUUUUUCUGAACCCAAGCUGUGGUCUGAAACCCUCAAUCCUCCCAUAUCUUUUCAGCGCCAGCUUCCCAAAGCUCUGU